CGGGUAGGGUUUAUGCACAAAGCUGCGAGUGUUUAGGGUUUAUAAAAUUCCGCCCGGCAUACUCCAUUCUCCGCAUCCGCAAUUGCAAACAGCUCUUCCAAUGGGUAAGAAGAAGAAAUUCAUCGACAAGAAGAAAUCCGCAACUUUCCAAUUACUCGCUCGCGACUCAUCUGAUCCCAGUUAUGCCGAAACACCGGGCGGUGACCGGAUAUUCGUCCGAGUCGACAAUAAUCCCUAUUCUGCAGACACCUUCUUUGACGGAGAUAACCCCGACGGUAUCUCUUCUAAUGUUGAACACGAUGACGAUCCUGAUUCCAUCUUUGCUGAUGCGCCAGAGGAUUCCGACGACGGCGGAAAUGCUGAUGCUAGAGUUUUCGGAAGUUCAGUUAAGUUUGGAGGGGGGUUUGGUGGUGCUUCAUCGUCGGAGGGGGGGCCUUUGCCUGAGCAUGUGAGGAGGGAAAUUUUGGAGCUAGGGUUUCCUGACGAUGGCUAUAAUUAUUUGCUUCACUUAAGGGAGAUCAAGCACACUGGUGGUGGCUCUUAUUUUUAUUCAAAUCCCAAAGCUAUUCCUGAUCAGCUCCCUCGCGAUAUCAAGGCAUAUGACGCUUCAAAAGUGCGAGUAUCCGAGGUGAAAAGUGAUGAUACCAAUGAUAAGUCUAUGUAUAGUGUGGCCUCUAAGACUGUUGGUGUCAGGGUGCAGAAAGUGUUUGAUCCUGAAGUAGCUGCAUUACUUGAUGACAGUGAUUUAUCGAGGUUUGGUUCUGAUGUUGAGGACUUGGAGGAGGAUUUUGUUGUUCGUGCAAAUCUUCCUGAAGAAGUGGUGGAAUUGGAUAUUGAUAAGAAGUUGAAUUUAAUUGAUAAUUCUGAUGAUGUGGCUUCUGGCAAUCAAGAGACCUCAGUUGAAAAUGGCAGUGUAGAGAAAGAAGUUGUACCAGAAGAUUUUUCUGGUGAGAAACCACGGGUUCGCCGUCUUCUGGAUGAGCAAUUUGAUUUGCUUGAACAUCAAGAAUAUGGCACAGAUGAUGAAGAUGAUGAAUAUGGUGGUUAUAUGGCUGAAGGAGAUGAAACUCAUGCUAAUAAGUUCAACCAGGUUCUCCUUAAUGCCCGAGCAAUGGAUGACUUAGAAUUUGGUGAUAAAUAUGAAGUUCCUGCAGAUUUAUUGCAUGGCAAUGAGAGACCAAUAACUAAAGAAAUAAUUGAGUCAGCAGCUGAUGUCAUCCGACGUUGUGUAGAAUAUGCAAAUAAGUAUGACAAUGAGGAUGAAAAUGAAGAUGUUAUCAUUGUACAGGAAAGUAGUGAUGAUGAUUCAGAUCAAUGGGAUUGUGAGACUAUCGUCUCAACAUAUUCAAACCUCGAUAACCACCCUGCUAAAAUUGAAGCUCCAGGAGCUGCUAGAAAAAAGAAGAUAGCUGAAACAGUUUCUGGAGCCUUGAAUGCAACCAGUCACAUGAUAACCCUUCGAGGAAAGGAGAAGCUUCCUGUAGACUUCUUGCCUCGUGGUAAAAAACCUGAUGUGGAAAAAGUGAAGGAUGUGCCUGGCUUAAAAACUGAGCCACUCAGGAGGAAGCAACAUGGUCAGGAGUCGAAGGAAGAGAAGAAAGAGCGAAAGGCUGCUGUAAAGGAGGAAAGGCGCGAGGCUAGACGUGCAAAGAAAGAAUUGAAGGGACUCUACAGAGGUGAAACACAUCGUGCGCAGAGAGUUGCUGCUAUUACUGGUCCAUCGUCAAUUCAUCUUUUGUAAUUUGGCAUCAGCUUGUUGCUUAGCUAUAUGAUUAUGAGAAUGACGCCCAUUUUUUGCGAAGCCAACUGUGGGACUCGUUUCAUCCUUGAAUUCCAGACAUAGCAUGAAGUUGUUAUUGCCAAUCUGAUUUGAGGUUUAUACAAAUUUUGCUGUUUAUCGUUGGAUUGUCAUUUUAUAAUAUUAUAUAUUGGUUGUCAAGCACAGUGAAGUCUGAAGCUUAUGAGUUAUCUUGGUUGAAACGUGGCAUAAAUUGAACUUGCCUCCCACUUAUUUAAACCGCAAUAUUAAUUAUGAAACUACAUUAGUUGGUA